CUGGAGCUGUGAUGGGGAGACUUAGCGGAGCCCUGCGGUGUGUCAAAUACCUGCUGCUGACUUUUAACCUUAUCUUCCUGCUGGCAGGAUCAGCUGUAACUGGUAUUGGUUUAUGGCUUCGAUUUGGUGGAGAUUUAAGAGAUGCGAUAUUAGAAGAUGAAGAUGAGGAUUUCAGAUCAUCGUUUUUUAUGGGUUUGUAUGUCCUAAUAGGGGCAGGAGCAUUGAUGAUGCUGAUUGGGUUCUUUGGUUGCUGUGGAGCAGCUCGUGAAUCUCAGUGUCUGCUUGGAGCGUUUUUUGCCUGCUUGCUUGUCAUAUUUGCUGCAGAAGUGACAGCAGGAGCUGUUGCCUUUCUAGGCAAAGCUGAGACAGUUAAAAACCUUAAGAGUACAUAUAAGGAAGCUUACAAGGCCUAUCAAGAAAACGGAGCAAAGAACAGUACCCUUUCUGGUUUGCAUAAAAUGGCAAAAUGUUGUGGGACUGAGGACCCAGACAGUAUAAAAAUACUGAAGCCAUUGUGCAGUGAGAAGCAGCAAGAGUACAAGAACUGCUACGUGGAGAUCGAGAAGACAUUAAACUACUAUUUCCAUAUAGUUGGAAUACUUGGAAUUGCCACCGCUGGGAUUACUAUUUUCGGCAUGAUGUUCAGUAUGGUUCUUUGCUGUGCAAUUCGCAACUCAAGAGACAUGCUGUGACAACAGAAUCCAGAAACGUCUUGCACCUUGUUGGAGCUCCACCUGCUGGUCCAGGGACUGUUUUACAAUCUUCAGCUUGGACAGUCCGCCACCACAGUUUAUAACGGAAUGUGCUUUUAGUAGAGUUUGUAUAAAGCUCUGUAGUGUAUUACAGGACACAAAGCUCUUAAGAAGCUAUUACAGAAUGCUUGAUUUGGCAGACUUUUGUAACAGCUGUAUUAAAUGGUUAAAGCUUUAAAUGAGCAGACCAGCCCCACAGGACAAUAUGGUUAAAAACAAUUUUAUUAGGAUCCCAUAAUCCUAACAGUGUAAUUUAACCUUUUAAAAACCUUUUUUAACUCCAAAUGAAAUAAUUCUUUAGCCUUUUAACCCUUUCAGUGUCGGCUCUGUGUGGUGUAGUUUGCAGGUAACAUGCAGUGCAGCAUGGAUCAAAGAGAAAUCGAGAGAAGUAGAAUAUAUGGCGCUGGCAAACUGGUACUUUAGUAUCACAUCUCCAGACACAUAUGGGACUACAGCAUCAUGGCAGGCAUAUAUAUCGGUUAGGGUACAAUAAUAUUUUGUCAUUUGGUUAAUAGGGAUUGAAAACCUCCUCCAAUAGUGUUUUAAAAAUUCUGCAUCACUACAAUUUAAUUUGAAUUCUCUUAUAACCACUUAAAAUUCAACAUGCAAUUUGAAGGAACUGUAAUUCUGUUAUUCACAGAUGUGUUGUGUAAAAGGUUGUGUUGUAAUAAUUGUAUGUACAUAUGUAAAGAUUUCCUUUUUAGGUGUCUUGUAUUCAUUCCGCAUUCCAUCAGACUGUUAGUUAAAAAAAACACACACACCUACUUACCCAACAUUUUACUGAAAUAGUUAAGACAUGACACACAGAUGCGAGGUGCACGUCAUAGUAACUACUUGUUUUUUUCUUCUGUGUCAGCAGUGGAUAAAGGCCUUUCUCUCUCUUUCUCUUCUCUUGCUUUCUUUCUCUUCCCCUCUCCUUCUCUCUCUCUGUUAGUGUUGCCACCUGUCCGAUUGGGAGCUGGACAGCCCAGUUUCUGUAAGAGCUGUCUGGGUCAAAACUGCCUGCAACGUUUUCCAAGUUAAGGAAUUGCGGCCAGAACUCUGAAGUGAAUGAUGCAGGGAUUAGCCAAUCAUUUGUUGCCACUUGAUAGUCUGCUCUUUUAUCACCUGCCCCCUGUUGAGACUUCCCUACUCCAAAAGGUGGCAACACUACUCUUUUUCCUCCUCUUUCUCUGUUGCAAGCAAAAUAUUUUCUGCUAUCUUAAAUGUUUGUUUUUUAAGUAUGACAACAUUUAUUUGUAUUUAUAAUUCAUAAGGUAUAUUUGUGCUUUAAAUGGCACUUGUCAUCCAAAAAUGACCCCCUUGGAGGUGUGAGACAAUAUAGCUCUCACUCCAGUUGGGGAAAAACAUUAUUUAGUGACAUGGAUCUGGAUAUAAGCGCUGCUUCCAGUGUGCUCCUUAUGCGCAUGCAUGUGACAUCACAUGUAUGUGCAAAAAAGCUAAAAUAUUGCCACUAUUCUCAGUGCCACAACAUGGAUGCCUGUACCAAAAGGUCCUUUCUAGUGCAAGCAGCAUAAAGAAGGGGACGACAUUUUUUUACCAAAAAAUAACCUAUUGUUUCCCCCAAGCAGAGUGCGGGGACAGGUGUCUUUUAAACGCUUGCAUUUGCUUCCAAACUCACGCCAUAUAGUUCGGACAAGUCUGGUGUUAAAAAACAGACAAUUAAUUUAAAAAGGUCAUGGCUCAAAUGUAUAUUAGGAUUUGUUUCUGUUUAGAGAUAAUAACUAAGUGUAACUUUAGAAUAAUAUAAAUAUUGAUGUGCAGUACUUAAAAAUGACAAAAUAACAAUCCUUUGUUAAACAUAUCGAAUAAAGUAAAACUUGGUUAAAUGAG